UUCUCCUCCUGCAGCAUGAUUCUGCCUUUGUUUGCCUUCUCCUUCGUGGGCUCUGUGGCUGUAGGGCUAAGUGGACAUCAUGGCUGCUCAGAAAGAUCUCUGUGAUGCCAUUGUGAUCGGCGCGGGUAUCCAGGGCUGCUUCACUGCAUACCACCUGGCCAAACAUGGGAAAAGAGUCCUCCUGCUGGAGCAGUUCUUUCUUCCGCACUCCCGAGGAAGCUCCCAUGGACAGAGUAGAAUAAUCCGAAAGGCCUAUGCUGAAGACUUUUACACCCAGAUGAUGGAUGAAGCCUACCAGAUAUGGGCCCAACUGGAGCAGGAGGCUGGAACCCCAUUGCACAGGCAGACUCAACUACUGCUGCUGGGAAUGAAGGAGAAUCCAGAACUAAAGACAAUGCAGACCACUCUGUCUCAGUGGGGAAUAGAACACCAGAAUCUUUCAUCUGGAGAACUAAAGCAACGUUUCCCAAAUAUUCAGUUCACCAGGGGAGAAGUAGGGCUCUUGGACAAGUCUGGAGGCAUCCUCUAUGCUGACAAGGCCCUCAGGGUCCUCCAGGAAGCAAUUCGCCAGCUAGGAGGCACAGUGCGAGACGGGGAGAAGGUGAUAGAGAUAAGACCUGGGCUACCAGUCGUGGUGAAAACCACUUCUGGGAGCUACCAAGCCAAGAACUUGAUCAUUACUGCAGGACCUUGGACCAACCGGCUCCUCCGUCCCCUGGGAAUUGAGUUACCUCUCCAGACUCUGCGGAUCAAUGUGUGUUACUGGCGAGAGAAGGUUCCUGGGAGCUACAGCGUGUCCAAAGCCUUUCCAUGCUUCCUCAGCCUGGACCAGGCUCCCCACCACAUCUAUGGGCUGCCUGCGGGGGAGUAUCCAGGGCUGAUGAAGGUCUGCUAUCACCAUGGAAACAGUGUGGACCCUGAGGAGCGGGACUGCCCCCCAGCCUCCUCAGACAUCCAAGAUGUCCAAAUCCUGUGCCGCUUUGUCAGAGACCACUUACCUGACCUGAGGCCUGAGCCCGACAUCAUGGAGCAUUGCAUGUACACGAACACCCCGGAUGAGAAUUUUAUUCUUGAUCGCCACCCGAAGUAUGACAACAUUGUCAUUGGUGCUGGAUUCUCUGGGCAUGGAUUCAAGCUGUCCCCUGUUGUGGGGAAGAUUCUAUAUGAAUUAAGCAUGAAAUUAAUACCAUCCUAUGAUCUGACACCUUUUCGAAUCAGCCGCUUCUCUGACCUGGGCAAGGCCCAUAUUUGACCCCCCCGACCACCAGCUCCUUUCUGUGCACAGGAGCCCUCUGCUGGGGAGGACUUCUCAGAUGGAACAGCCCUGGGAUGUCAUUCCUAACUCCUGCUUCUCUUGAAAUCCCUGCAAACACCAAGUAAUUGAGUCUCUUUCCCUGGCCAACUCCCCAAUUUCAAUGACCUUCUUUCUCCUGGAAAGCAAUCAGAUGUUCUAUCACCUCAGAGUAGCAAGGACCUUUGAGAUGGAUCUUUCAACAGGGAAGUGACACGGGAACUGGCUCAGCAGACCAGAGCCGUUGUUAAAAUUCUCUUCACUGGAACAUUCGAUGAACUCUGGGUGGAUUCGACUAACUCUCCCAGGGGAGGGUAAACAAAAUGAAUUCUUAUAGAUCACUGAUGCCCUUGGGGUUCCCUUUCCUAAAACUAGAGUCAUCCUCCAUCACAAAUUCCCAUAAAAUCUCACCCUAGCUGCACAAUAAAUGUUUGCUGAAAAAGAUUUGUUGAACAAACAAAUAAUCACAUUGCAUGAAAGUCUGCGGUGGGCUUUCUUUUCCAUAUGACCUUAUUUCCUACAGGCUCUAAUUGUCUAAAUUAGCACCAUAGAAUCCAUUACCCCAGGAAUCCGCAGUCUUUAUCCCCUCGAUGCUCGGCACCCUGUUUCUUUGAAUUCUUUGUCUCAUUCUCAUCCUCUCUCUGGAUCUGUAAAGAUGCUCAGCUCCCCAGUCUCUCAUUAAGGUGUAUUGUCAGGUCCUUAUGAAGAUGGAACUGUUAUACCAGAAAGAAAGAGCAAGACACACUCGCUUAGAAACCCUGUUCAAUGUUUGAAUGUUAAAUGUGCCAUUUUAUUAUCAUUAGGAUUGCUCCCACUUAAUGAAACAGC